AUGGUUAUUUUAGAAAAAAAUAUAACAUCCAUAAAAAAUAUUAUACCAUCAAAUUUUUUAUCAACUAUUAAUACAAUUCAGCAAUACAAUGAUAUGUCAUUUAAUUAUGAAAAAAAUGAUGAUGAUACUUCAACAAUAAAAUUUAAUGUAGUAUGGACAGAUAGUGAUGGUGAUAAGAAACUAUAUAAAAAAUAUCAUGAAAAAGAAGUGAUACCACAAAUAAUAUCAAAUAAUAGUUCAGCUUACCUUUUAUUAUUAGAUGAUCGUAUUGUAAAAGAAAGUGAUUAUUAUAAAGAGAUAGAAAAAGAUAAUAGAAAAAAACAUUUGAAAGAAAAAAAUAAUAUUUUAUUUGAUAAAAAUUUUUCCCAAUUAAGUUUAAGAGAUACCAUAAGAAGUGAACAAGAAAUUUUUAAUGAAUAUAUACAAUGUGAUGAAUGUGGUGAUAAUUGUCUACCUAAAAAUAUAAAAGUAUUUGGAAUAUGUGAUCACGUUUGUUGUAACAAUUGUUUAAAUAAGAUAAAUAUUGUUGCUAAAGAAUUAUAUUUGCCUAAUUUAAUUCAAUGUCCUACAAAAGAAUGCUUGGUUAGUUCUAUCUUACCAUCUAUAAAUGAUACCAAAAUUUUUAAAAAAUAUUGUAAAUAUUAUGCUGCUGGAAAAUACGAUAAAAUAUUAAAAUAUUAUAAAAACAGUAACUAA